ACUCUAAAUCUCAAAUAUUUGGGGAUUUGGUGUUCCAUUUCAUUUUCAUCUGAAAGCGGCAUUCAGAAAAUAUUUCAAAUUUGUAGCCAUGGCGGUUUUUCUUCCUUCCUGCCUUAUAAUUCAUUGUCCCAGAUCAAUACCAAUACCAUCUUUCAAUUCUCUACCCCUUUCCUUCCACCCUUGUCUAUCUCUUUCAAGGAUUCAAUCAUAUAGACUGGGUGUGAAAGAUGUUGGGUAUGACUCACAUCAAAAACUCAGCCAGAGUUACUCGCCUGGCGACGAAAAGGACAGCUGACGCAUUCGUUGAACAUGAUUCUCAUCUGCAAUCCCCCGCCAAGAAGAGAGCUCUUCUCGGGGAGAUUUCCAAUCUGAAGGGUACCAUGCUUACUGAGCAGAAAUUGAAGGCUGUACAGGAAAUUGAAACGAAGUUUGAUGAUUCUCAGAUGUGUGAUGGUUAUGUAACUGAUAUCUACGUUUAUCUUCAUAACAUGGAGAAAGAGGCAAAGAGAAGGCCACUUCAAGAUUAUAUUGAGAAAGUACAAAAAGAUGUGACUGCAAACAUGAGAGGGGUUUUGGUGGAUUGGUUGGUUGAGGUUGCAGAAGAAUACAAGCUUCAAUCUGAUACACUUUAUCUCUCAAUCAGUUACAUUGACAAAUUCUUGUCUACUAAUCCUAUCAAUAAGAAGAGGCUACAGUUGCUUGGCGUUUCUUCUAUGCUGAUUGCAUCAAAGUUUGAAGAGAUUAAGCCUCCAACAGUUGAUGACUUCUGCUACAUCACAGAUUACACUUACAGAAAGGAAGAUGUAGUGAAGAUGGAAGCUGAUAUACUCAAAUCUCUUAAAUUUGAAGUGAGCAGUCCAACAAUUUUGACCUUCUUGAGAAGAUUUGCCAGGAUUUCUGAAGAGGAUUACAAAAAUCCAAUGUUGGAGUUUGAAUUAUUGGGAUGUUACUUGGCAGAGUUAAGUUUGUUGGAUUAUGGCUGUUUGAAGUUUUUACCAUCCAUGAUUGCUUCUUCUGUUGUAUUCCUUUCAAGGUUCAUAUUCCACCCUGAUAAGCAUCCAUGGAAUGCAAAUCUUCAAAAGUAUUCAGGAUACAAAGCUGCUGAUUUAAAAGAAUGUGUUGUUAUGAUACAAGACUUGCGAUUGGGUAAAAGAGGAGGCUCUUUGGUAGCAAUCAAAGAGAAAUACAACCAGCAUAAGUUCAAAUAUGUUGGGUUGAUAAAAUGCCCUCUUGAAAUACCCAGUUUAUUCUUUGAAGAAAUGAGGGUAAUUGACAACUGAUUUUAGAGUGGCUGAAGGCUUGAAGCAUGUUAGUUUAUUCUCAAAUAUGAAGUCUUCCUCAAAUUGGAUCUAUCUAACUAUCUGGUAUCCACCUGAGCUGAGUGAACACAUAAAAGCCAGAUUUUGUAGUUUAGGAUAGUAAAGAAUGGUUAUUUUAGCACAUGAAGCAAAGUUGAGCAUGUUAUAAUAUAUAGAGAAGUGAACAGAAGACUCACCCUGCAGAUUGCAGCUGUUCAUGCUAAUGGGAGGUUACUUUGAUCCUACGACUCCAAUGCAAUGAUGCAGCUAGGAUGACAUCAAGACCUUAGAUGAACUGAGGGAGAAGAGGAAUUCUGGUUUCUUGUGAUUUGAAUUGGGAGGGCUGAGAAAAUUAAAUCCUAGCCAGCGAGAGAUGUGAAAAGAAGCUGUGGAAUCAAAUACCCGAUUAAUGGCGUAUAUAAAGAAGAAGAAUUCACAGCCAGGACAGCUACCUCUCCUCUGUUAAACUUCGAUUAAAGGGCUAAAAUCUGAAAGCUAAGAGAGAAGAGGGAACCUUUCUUGGUGCUUACAUUACUGCUGCUGGCCGAAAUGAAGUAUAAUAGGAUAAAUUAGAUGAUGUAGUAGAUGAAUUUGCUCCUAUUUCUAAUUUGAUGACAUAGCUUGUCACAGAUUUUCAUCAAUAAAUGAAAUGAAUUUUGAUGAAAGAUUGGCUU